AUGACGACCGAGUGGCGAGAGUCCAAAUUGAAGAACCUGGCCCUUGUGCCCAGGUCCAGCGCGAAGGGCCUGUUCUCCAUCGAGUCGCCCGGGGCGGAGGCCGUCGAGGGAGAGACGAAACCGCGCCGACAUCCCCUGGCCGCGAAUGGGCUCAUCACAAAGCCAUCCGACGACAUCAGCACCGUAUACGAACUAUUACGGGUGAGCGUCGCCAAGUAUGGCAACGCGAAGGUACUCGGUUCUCGACGCCUCGUUCGUACCCACCAAGAGACCACAAAGGUCAAGAAGAUCAUCGACGGCGCCGAGCAGGAGGUCGACAAGAACUGGACCUAUUUCGAACUCGGCCCUUACGAAUACCUCACCUACAACGAAUACGAGCAGCUCGUUCUCAACGUAGGCUCUGGCCUGAGGAAGCUGGGCAUGAACAAGGACGACCGAGUCCACAUAUUCGCCGCCACCAGCGCCCACUGGCUAGCCACCGCGCACGCUGCUGCCUCGCAGUCCAUGCCCAUCGUCACUGCCUACGAUACCCUCGGCGAGGAGGGCUUGCGGCAUUCCAUGGUGGCCACCGGCGCCAAGGCCAUCUUCCUAGAUCCCCAUCUGCUGCCUACGCUAGGCAACGUGCUCAAGGAUGCCACCGAGGUGCGCUACGUCAUCUGGAACAACCAGAACCAGGUCCGGCAGGAGCAUAUCAACAACCUCAAGAGCGCCUACAGCCACGUCACCGUCGUCAGCUUCAAGGAGCUCGAGAAGCUCGGCAAGGAGAACCCCUUCGACCCCGUGCCGCCCACCCCCGAAGACCUCUGCUGCAUCAUGUACACCUCCGGAUCCACCGGCACGCCGAAGGGGGUGCCGCUGAAGCAUAAGAACCUGAUCGCCGCAGUUACCGGCGUCAGCGUUGUCGUCCAGCCGUUCAUCGGACCCGGCGAUGGGUUGUUAACCUACCUCCCCCUCGCUCACAUCCUCGAGCUUGUCUUCGAAAACGCCGCCAUGUACUGGGGUGCCACCAUGGGAUACGGAAAUCCGAAGACCCUAUCGGACACCUCGGUUCGUAACUGCGCCGGUGAUAUUCGCGAAUUCAAACCCUCCAUCCUCGUUGGCGUCCCAGCCGUUUUCGAGUCGAUAAAGAAAGGUAUCACCGCCAAGGUCCACGCUGGUGGGCCAGUCGUCCAGAACAUGUUCUGGGGUGCGCUGGCGUUGAAGAGCCGACUGAUGGCCGCCGGCCUGCCGGGGUCCGGCAUUCUCGAUUCUGUUGUUCUCAAGAAGAUCAAGGAGGCUACGGGCGGCCGUCUCAAACUCUGUAUGAACGGCGGCGGCCCCGUUGCGAGGGACACGCAGCGGUUCAUCUCGAUGGCCAUCGCACCAAUGAUCAUCGGCUACGGUCUUACCGAGACCACGGCUAUGGGGGGGCUUAUGAACCCGCUGGAGUGGUCGUCGGAGACGAUCGGCGCAAUGCCUGGGAGCAUCGAGAUCAAGUUGGUCGACUUCCCAGACGCAGGCUACUACGCGACCAACAAGCCGAAUCCCCAGGGCGAGAUCUGGAUACGAGGUGUCAGUGUUAUGGAGCACUAUUACGGCAACGAGAAGGAAUCCCAGGAGAGCAUAGCCCCGGGUGGUUGGUUCAAGACGGGCGAUAUCGGCGAGUGGGAUUCGCGGGGCCACCUCAAGAUCAUCGACCGCAAGAAGAACCUGGUCAAGACCCUGAACGGCGAGUACAUCGCGUUGGAGAAGCUCGAGUCUAUCUACCGAUCCGCCCAUGUUGUGGCCAACAUCUGCGUGUAUGCCGACCAAUUAAAGGCCAAGCCCAUCGCGAUCAUCGUGCCCUUGGAAGCAACCUUGAAGAAGCUGGCCGAUGAUAACGGAAUACCGGGCUCGAGCCUCGAGGAGCUCGUGCAUAACAAGAAGCUCAACGGCAUUGUGCUGAGAGAGCUGCAGGCUGUCGGACGAGCCGGCGGCCUGUCGGGCAUCGAGAUCAUCGAGGGCGUUGCGCUGUCGGACGAGGAGUGGACGCCGCAAAACGUAAGUUGCCGACCUGUCGAUUACACGUGA